GCAGCUCUGACGUCACCACCCUGACCGGGCCGGCCCGGGCUCUUCCUGUCCUGUGACUCGAAGUCAGGUGGUUGGUUCUUUGGGAAACUGGGAGGAGAGAAAAGUUUGUAAGAAAGUGAAGUUUAGCUGUGACGGUAGCGGAGCGGCUCCGGGUGUGACAUGAGGAGAUGCGGCAAUAAGUGUCUCUAGCAGUACUAACCGCACGCGUUACCGCCACCUGAGGGAGACUACAUGGCCGGGGAGCCCGGAGCGGCCGCGGGGGCCCCGGAGCGCAGGGAGUACCUCUUUAAGGUGCUGGUCAUCGGGGAGCUGGGGGUCGGCAAGACCAGCAUCAUCAAGCGCUACGUGCACCAGCUCUUCUCCCAGCACUACCGGGCCACCAUAGGCGUCGACUUCGCCCUCAAAGUCAUCAAUUGGGACAGUAAGACCCUGGUCAGACUGCAGCUGUGGGACAUUGCCGGACAAGAAAGGUUUGGGAACAUGACCAGAGUUUACUACAAGGAAGCAGUGGGUGCCUUUGUGGUGUUUGAUGUAACCAGAGGUUCUACCUUUGAGGCCAUCACAAAGUGGAAAUCUGAUCUGGAUAAUAAAGUUUAUCUUCCAGGUGGUGGUCCUAUACCUGCCAUUCUUCUUGCCAAUAAAUGUGAUCAAAAAAGGGAGAACAGUGCACACAGCCCCUCUCAGAUGGACCACUUCUGUAAAGAAAAUGGUUUUGUUGCAUGGUUUGAAACUUCUGCAAAGGAUAAUGUUAACAUCGAUGAAGCUGCACGAUGCCUGGUAGAAAACAUCCUUGCUAAUUCCAAAAACUUUCCUGUAGAGGAAAACGAUGCGGGCAGCGUACAGCUGGACCAGGAGACAAUACCUGCAGAAAGUAAAUCACAGUGUUGUUAACACUGAACACCAGAGAACGAGAAAGCCGGAACCUGACAAUAAAAAUGCUGCUUCCACUGAUGUCUAUAUAUCAUCUCAUGUAUCCUGAUGAUACCGUUUACAGGAUUGUUUUUCUAUAUGUGGGAUUUAGCUAUGGUGGAUUAAUAUUGUAAAUAGUAACAUGUGGUUGGGUGGGUCAAAUUAAUAAUAGUUGCUGUCAAACAGGGGCAGUCAUCCUUUUAUAUUAAAGCCAUGCUCAUCCUGUCAGUUAUAG